GAGAUGUUCGUCUCGCGCGGAGGCCAUGGGCAGCAGGACCUGUUUCGGGUGCUGAAGGCAUACACGCUGUAUCGCCCCGAGGAGGGCUACUGCCAGGCCCAGGCCCCCAUCGCUGCCGUCCUGCUCAUGCACAUGCCGGCCGAGCAAGCGUUCUGGUGCCUGGUGCAGAUCUGCGAGAAGUACCUCCCCGGCUACUACAGCGAGAAGCUGGAGGCCAUUCAGCUGGAUGGGCAGAUCCUCUUCUCGCUGCUGCACAAAGUCUCGCCCGUGGCGUACAAGCACCUGAGCAAGCAGAAGAUCGAUCCCAUCCUCUACAUGACGGAGUGGUUCAUGUGCGCCUUCUCCCGCACGCUGCCCUGGAGCUCCGUCCUGCGCGUCUGGGACAUGUUCUUCUGCGAAGGGGUGAAGAUCAUCUUCCGAGUGGGCCUCGUGCUGCUCAAACACACCCUGGGCUCCUCGGACAAGCUCAAGGCCUGCCAGGGCCAGUACGAGACGAUGGAGAGGCUGAGGGCCCUCAGCCCCAAGAUCAUGCAGGAGACCUUCCUGGUGCAGGAG